CUAAGAACAGAGUUUCCUUUAGUUGAAGAAGAAUUACUUUUAUAUUCGCUGGCUGUCACAGCCUUUCCUGAUAAUGGUUUCAACUUGAAACGUAAAUCGAAGGAAAAGUACUACCCAAUUGUGAAUGCCAUUGUCAGUGUGUACCAUGUCCAGUUUGAUAUUAAUGACCUCCGGAACUACUUUUAUCGUGUAACAAACAAUUUAGUGAAAGGUCUUGGGAAAGUGAAAGGUACAGUGCGCUGGAACUACUAUAAGAAAGUGUUGUUGAAGUUUUAA